UCGCAUCCGAGGCGGUGGUUUAGGGCCGGGAAUCUCUCACGCCGGACACGUGUUAGCGCGCUGCGAGGACUUUGGGGUCCUGAAGGCGGAAGGAGUUGGGAGGUGUGUUGAAGGGUGUUGGUGGACUAGGAUUAUAGACAGUAUCCUGAACUAGUCCUACAGCGUCCUGCUGGACGUGGGUUCUGGAGAUUUGAACUCAGGUUCCGGAGGAGUCCCUAAGGAUGAAGCUAAGUCUCACCAAGGUCGUUAAUGGCUGUCGCCUAGGCAAAAUACAAAACCUAGGCAAAGCGGAGGACCGCACCAUGGACAUUCCAGGCUGUCUUCUGUACACCAGGACUGGCUCCGCCCCACACCUGACUGAUCACACACUACAUAAGGUCCAGGGGGUUCCGGCCAUGGCCCAGCUUACACUGUCAUCCUGGGCAGAGCAUCAUGAGGUCCUGGCAGAGUAUAAGAAAGGAAUUGGAAACUUUAUAGGUAUGCCAGAUUCGCUCUUCUAUUGUUCCCUGCAUGAUCCAGUGAGCCCCUGCCCAGCUGGCUAUGUAACAAAUAAGUCUGUGUCUGUAUGGGGUGUUGGAGGUCGAGUGGAAAUGACGGUUUCCAAGUUCAUGGCAAUUCAGCAUGCCCUGCAGCCAGACUGGUUCCAGUGCCUCUCAGAUGGUGAGGCAUCUUGUGAGGAAACAACUUCCAGAAAAAGAGCCAGAAAGGCUGUGGACCGAUCACUUCUGUUCUUGGACAACUGCCUGCGGCUACAAGAAGAAUCAGAGCUUCUUCAGAAAAGUACGGUCAUUGGAGUGAUCGAAGGUGGAGAUGUGAUGGAAGAGAGACUGAGGUCGGCACGCGAGACAGCCAAGCGACCCGUAGGGGGCUUCCUCCUGAACGGCUUUCAAGGCAAUCCAAAAAUCCCAGAGACGAGACUGCACCUGCUGUCAUCAGUCACUGCUGAGCUGCCAGAGGACAAACCAAGGCUUAUUUGUGGUGUCAGCAGACCAGAUGAAGUACUCGAGUGUAUUGAGAGAGGAGUGGACUUAUUCGAGAGUUUUUUCCCUUAUCAGGUGACAGAGCGGGGAUGCGCCCUCACUUUCAGCUUUGAUUACCAGCCAAAUCCCGAAGAGUCAUUAUUACAACAAAAUGGGAUACAAGAAGAAGUAAAAUAUGUGGAUCAAAUAAAGAAAAUUAAAACAACCGAUUGCAAUCAAGAAAUGACAUCAUUUGAAAUUAAUCUGAAGGAAAAAAAGUACCAGGAAGAUUUCAACCCCCUGGUGAGAGGAUGCUCCUGCUACUGCUGCCAGAGUCACACGCGUGCUUACGUCCACCAUCUGCUGGUGACCAAUGAGCUGCUGGCUGGGGUCCUGCUCAUGAUGCACAACUUUGAACACUACUUUGGAUUUUUCUGCUCCAUCCGGGAAGCACUAAAGCGUGACACGCUGGUGCAGUUGAAAGAGCUCAUCCUGAGACAAGCAUCUUGAGAACUCAGAGAUCUGACUUUUCCCGUGGAGCUUGUGCCAUCACUGAAACAGGAAAAGAAGCAAUGAUGGGCAAACAUCUGUCCCAAACUGCCCACGUGAGGUGAGAGGUGUUGUCCAGGCACUGAAAUAGGCUCCACUGAUAAUGAGUUGAGCCGUGACCAUUACAUUUUCUGGGCCGACUACUAGUUGAUAGAGAUUCACUUAACUAAAGACAAAGGCCUCGGAGCCAGGCAUGUUGGCACAAGCCUUUACUCCCAGAGAUAGGAGGAUCACUGAGAGUUUGAGGCCACCCUGAGACUGCAUAGCGGAUUCCAGGUCAGCCUGGACUAGAGUGAGACCCCACCUCGAAAAACCAAAAACAAAAAAUAAAAAACACAGGAGAAGAGAGAAGUCUUGGAAGUAGGAGACCAGGUUCGGGGACCGCCGAGAGGCGACGAUUGCAGGAGCGGCUUUGUCCCCUGCACCUGCUGUUGCCUGAGGAAGGCGUCUGUCUGACUCAUCCAUGGCCUUGGGGGUUCUCUGGGCUUCUGUGCCCUGGCAGUGCGGCCACUCAGAAGGGCACCUGUGACAACCCUGCUCACCUCUCCCUGGAAAGCGGGGCCUACACUGUGCUUCUGUGACCUGUUGAUCCAGGUCAGAGUCUUUCAUUUGGCUACUUGGUCUGUUUGUGUCUUCCAAGAGCCAGUGUUUUUGUCUCUUAGGAUCCAAAAAUUUACCUAGCUCCUUUUGUCUGGUGGCACAGAUCCAAAAUAUUCUGCCCCAGGCUCAUAUACAGUCUGACCAUGGAAGGGCUAGUUAGACUCUGUUGCUGGUGGAGAGUGACACCCAUAUCCCUGUGGACAGCCCUGGCCUGGCAAUUCGAUCAGUUUCUGACCCACUUGCCUUUGAGGCUGAGUGAAUAAAUCACCUAACUUCUACCGUGCCUGUGUCUUUACAUAUGUAUUUUAUUUAUUUGUUUUUGAGGAAAGGCAAAUAGACUGGGACCUUGUGCCACUGCAAACAAAUUCUAGACCCAUGUUCCGCUUCGAGCAUCUGGCUUUAUGUUGGUACUGGGGAGUUGAACCUGGGCCAACCUGGGCCGAGAGGCUUUGCAAGCAAACACCUCUAACUGCUAGGCCAUCGCUCCAGCCUUCCAUGCCCGUGUCUUCAUGAACACAUGGGGACAGGCAGAGUGAAUAGGACUAACCUCUGAGCAUCUGCUAGCUUUAAAAUUUGAAUGACCAAGUUUUAAGAGUCCUGGCCAUAAUUGUCACUCUUAUUUACUCAUCACUGUUCAUGUGAAGUUUUUGUUUUGUUUUUUAAUCGCAGCAGUACCAGGAGACAGAGAUACCUAGGAGAUUAAAGGCAUGGGGCCCGUGUUUUAUUGUUGUUGUUG